AUGCCAAUCAUCGCAAAACGUGAUUUGUUCCCUGUCAUGAAAAGCGUCUACGCGAAGAAGAAUAACGCGAUCGUAAAGAAGAACGGAAAGAAGAACGACGCUAACUUGAAGAAGAAUAACAUUAACGCGAAGAAGAAUAACGCCGUCGUAAAGAAGAACGGAAAGAAGAACGACGCCAACUCGAAGAAGAACGACGCCGUCGUAAAGAAGAACAACGCUGUCGUGAAGAAGAACAACGCUAUCGUGAAGAAGAACGGAAAGAAGAACGACGCCAACUCGAAGAAGAACGACGCCGUCGUAAAGAAGAACAACGCUGUCGUGAAGAAGAACAACGCUAUCGUGAAGAAGAACGGAAAGAAGAACGACGCCAACUCGAAGAAGAACGACGCCGUCGUAAAGAAGAACAACGCUGUCGUGAAGAAGAACAACGCUAUCGUGAAGAAGAACGGAAAGAAGAACGACGCCAACUCGAAGAAGAACGACGCCGUCGUAAAGAAGAACAACGCUGUCGUGAAGAAGAACAACGCUAUCGUGAAGAAGAACGGAAAGAAGAACGACGCCAACUCGAAGAAGAACGACGCCGUCGUAAAGAAGAACAACGCUGUCGUGAAGAAGAACAACGCUAUCGUGAAGAAGAACGGAAAGAAGAACGACGCCGACUCGAAGAAGAAUAACAUUAACGCAAAGAAGCUAAGGAAUUAG